AUGAUUCUUAAGCAGCUUUCCAACCUGGGACACCCCUACCUCCUCAAAACCAGCUCUCUGUCAUGGACUGACGCACAAACCCACUGCUGAACGCAACACACAGACCUGACCAGUGUGAGGAACCUUGGUGAGAAUGACCAGCUGGUGGCCCUGCUGAACUCAUCCAGCAGUCAGGAAGCCUGGAUCAGCCUGCGCCGAGUUGGCUGGGAGUGGACCGACGGAAGUGACCCCUCCUUCAAUUACUUCCAACGGAAUGCAGGAAACACAGAGAUGAAGAACUGUGCUGCACUGGAUUUUAACCUCAAUGGCAAAUGGGAAGAUGACGUUUGUACCAACCAAUACCCAUUUGUAUGCCACACCAAUGGAGCACAUAGGUUGAUUGUGAGGAUAAACGUAACCUUGCAGAUCACUAGCGUUAACCUGACUGACACUGCAUUGCAAAAUCCCAUCUUGGAGCAGACAUGCCCGCCUACCUGUGGAUACCAUGACAGGAGCACCAACGACGACCCAGCGACAUGA